AUGUCGUCGUUCUCACCCAGAAUCCAAGAACCCAUGAAUGAAGUGUAUCUACCUUCAAUGGGCCAGUCAAUCACGAGUCAAGAAGAUUUCAUGGCUACUGACAACAUGUCUGUUCCUCCUACGACCAUGGAUGAUGCGUCUGUUUCUACACCGUCUACUAAAAUUGAUUCUACAACUUUGUCCACGACUUUGGACAAUGUGUCUGUUCCUACAUCGUCUUCUGCAACUGUUUCCUUGUUAGAUUCAAGCGGCAGAUUUAAACCAGGGUUCCUCUACGGAAACAAUUAUUGGUUAGGAAGUCGUAGUCAGUGCAUCGAUACAAUGAAUACGAAUCCUAUACAGAUUUCAGAACAAAAAAUGUUAAAUAACAUUCUGUAUCAUGAUCCGCAAAAAUUUCUGCCUUUUAAAAUAAAUUAUUUUGCCGCCCAUAUUAGACACAACAGUACUCUACAAUAUCACACAUAUGUAUAUAACGAGGAUGUGAUUACGCUCGGACUCUGUUUACCAGCAUCAUGCACUAUACAAAACUUAAAUUCCAUAUUGGAAAGUGUACUUCAUGAUAGAAGUAUCUUCAUCGAUGAUCUCUAUUCAACUAACUUACAGCUGAUCCGGAUAAAAGAUUUCAAAAAAGAUAAUAAAUCGCUAUCCUAUGGUGCAUUAGGUUUCUUCAGUGUAGUUUUAAUAGUUUUUCUUAUGGCAAUAAUCGGAACAGUAUACGAUAUUAUUUGGUAUCAAAAGCUGGCAAAAGGAAAUGAGAGGACUAAUACUAACCGCAGUCGAAACUACAUGUCCCAGCAAGUAGAAAAAAUUUUCAAUUUACCUUUCUAUCCGGAGAAUAACAUAGGAAAAAUAUUAAGAUGUUUCUCCGUAUACAGCAACACAAAAAACAUAUUUAAUACAAAAUUAGAAGCCGGUACAAUACCAGUCAUUCAUGGCUUAAAAGUUUUAAGCAUGUAUGGCUUAAUUAUGCUCCACACCCAAUAUUUUUCAUGGGAUACUCUCGACAAUAAAGUAGAAGUAUGGAGAUUCCUCGAGGAUCAUAUGUAUUUAAUGGACAUCGAAGUUCUAGGAGUCGAAGUAUUCUUUUUGUCAAGUGGCUGUUUUAUAACGUAUUCAUAUUUGCGACAACAACCGAGCGCAAAAAAGGAGCUUCAAAAUUACAGACAGAAGAUAAUAUAUCUUCUCACACAUACAACAAAAAGAUUUAUAAGGUUGACGCCGGCUUACAUGAUAGUGAUUGGACUAUCAAAAUUAAGUUCUGAUUGGUUCGAUAAGACAUCGCAAUUUUACAUGUAUGAGAGGUCGCACGAAACUUGUCCAAAGCACUGGUGGAUAAAUCUUUUGUACAUAAAUAAUCUUUUUCCUGUUGAUGACAUGUGCGUGAGUUGGACCUGGUAUCUAGCUAAUGAUAUGCAAUUUUACAUACUCGCUACCAUGCUAUUGAUUUUUUCGACUGUAUACUUUUACGUUGCUGUUACGAUAUUGAGUAUACUUUUAAUAGGCUCCACUAUUCUUAGCGGUUAUAUUUCAUACGUUCACAAAUAUACUCUGAUGUUAACUGAACUUGCUGAACUUAGGGAUGUGUUAUAUUCACCACCAUGGAUGAGAAUAAAUCCAUAUAUUAUUGGAAUGAUUGUAGGUUACGUUUUAGCAAAAUUGAACAAUACUUUGGUCUUGAAAAGGAAAAUUAUAAUGUUGUGUUGGUUGCUUGCUAGUGCUUGCAUUAAUGGUGUAUUAUUUGUGUUUUACAAGCGACGCCCAUCUGUUCUGGCUAGUGCUAUUUAUGUAGCACUACACAAAAUAAUUUGGGCUAUAGGUCUAGCAUGGAUUGUAAUAGCGUGUUCCACUAAACACGGAGGAAUCGUUAAUCAGUUACUAUCGUUCAAAGGCUGGAUCCCUUUCAGUAGGCUCACGUACUGUGCUUAUCUUUUAAAUCCAAUCAUUAUACGGUCAAUAAAUUUCUACAGCGAUACUUCAACGCAUUUUGAAUUUCUGUCUUUGGUUAUUUUGAGUGUGGCAUAUACGGCAAUCAUUUAUUGUUGUUCUUACAUACUGUCUGUGACGGUGGAGAUACCCUGUAUCUUGUUAAUGAGAGAGUAUGCUCCCUGGUGUAAGAACAUAUUACAAAGUGUUCAAAUUAGGAGCCAAAAGCUACGAUGACGUCACAUUUCGAACACUUUGUAAUAUUUUCUUACGCC